AUGUUUCGUGCUACGCAGGCCGCGUUCUCGAAAGCGAGCCGUCUUCCAUUGAACUCUAAAAAGGCCAACAAGGACUUCUAUAAGGGUACUCGUGCAGGCAAUGUCCUUCUCCGUAAGCGGAUUGCCCUAGCCGAUCGCCAAGGCAACCAGCUUUAUGAUGCCCAGGGCCGCCCUCGUACUUGGAACCUGCGUACCCACCGUCUGGAUGAGGGGCGUAUGGUUUCAUUUGUCGUUCCUCCUGGUUUGGCUGAUACCAAGCUCAAGCCUUACGUAUACCUGGGCAACGAGUCCGAUGGCGGCACUGAAAGGCCACUUCCUGGCCAGCCAGGUGCACCAAAAAUGCCUGCUGGAGGUAUGAAUGGCUCGUAUUAUUCGCGCCUAGUGGAUCGUAUGCUGCUAUCCAAGACGCAGCGCAGCUAA